AGAAUUCGGUAUCUUAACUGAAAGGUUUAUGCUUCACUCAUUCUCAGUCAUUCUCAGUCUGUGGAACCACCGUCGCCUUCCUCCUUCACGCCGCCCUAGUCCACAAAUCCGUCGGUGUCCCUCACACCUCUGCAAACUCAAUCAAAAUCAGACCUAAUCUCCAUCGCACCUUGAAAGUUAUUGAAACCCAUUAUAGUUUUCACUUGCCGGCGCCGCGCUAGUUGCUACCAAAACAUAAAUUUGCUCAUUGUUUCAUCUAUUUUCUACAAUAAAGAGCACGAAGGCGGUGACGGUGAACCAGUGAAAAACGGAACAGUUAAGAUGAGCGAACUACGGCUAUGCUGACGGAGGCGACCUAGGUGGGUGGAUUGAGAAAACAGGGUUUCAGAAAUCAGAAGAGUGGGUCACGCUGCCUAAUUCACUUUGAGCUUGUCUUCACAGGUUUUAGUUAGAGUAGUUGAUUUGAUCCCAUGAAGAAAUUUAGAAACUUGAAGAGGAGAUUGGAAAGACCUGUUGAGUUGGAUAAAAGCAACAGUGAGACUAGGGUUGAAGAUGUCGAUUGGAUUUGCUCCCUUUCAGAGUCUGAGAUUGAUUUUAUGAUUAGCUUGAAAUUGUUGAUCAGGAAGCGAGCAGAAAGGAUAGGCUGUAAAAACUUGGCUGACAGAUUCGACCUUAAGACAAUUCGAGCUAUUGCAUUUGUUUUGAUGGAAAAUCUCAAAACAGAGGUAAAGGACACAUCACUUGUACCAGACUCGGUAAAAUCUACUGCUUUCUUAGAUGCGUGCAACAUACUUAAAGGCAGUAACGAGGUUUCUGCAACUAUCGAAGAGCUUAGUAAAACGGUUGGUGCUGAUAUACAACCAAUUCUAACAAGUUCGCCGCCAACUCCCAAACGAAAGAAGCGGAAAGUUAGAAGCGAAGAAUAAAAGAUUUUGUCCUGGGAGGACCUGAAAUUUAUUGUCCUUAUUUUAGUGUCUUAGCUUGUGCUGUGAAAACACUGAUAUUGGCUAAUGUACGCACACAGUAACUUUUUUAUUUGCUUAGCGUUAACAGUUUUGUGCAAAGAUUGUAUUGAUGUGAGAAAAAACCAGUGCAGAAAAUGAAGAUAUGAAAUUUUGCAAUGUUUCAAUGAAUAGCCUUUUAUUUUUACG